GGCCAGGUCAUGGCCAUGUGCCAACAGAAUGGAGGGGGAUGCCUUUCCUCUCUGGUAUGUUCCCAUUCGCCCUUCCACGCGCGGGAACCAUGCCCCUACAAGCUCCGAUGGCGGUAACGUCGUUCCAGACGCCGAUGCCGCAGCCAUCACCUUUCCAGCCCCAGCUGGUCAGCACCAUAGCCCCUGUAAACUUGACCGGCGCACUUAACGCCGCAGGGCCGUCGCGUCCCCCGCAAGCUACGAAUCCGCAGAUCACUCCUGAUGGUCAUUGCAUCUCAAUUGAGAGUGAUGACGGCGAGUGGGAUAUUCCGAGGGCCCACAAGAAGAAGAAAGGAAAAAACAUCCGGCCAGCGACCUCCCGAAACUCCGCCUUCGAAAGGGUGGGGGAUAGGGAGGAAGGCCAAAGGAAGUCAGCCAAGCAAAGGCUGGGGCAGAGCGUUGCCCAUGUCAGCGCAUUCGCCCGGCUAGGAGAGGUGCGGGAGGCCGAGCCUGCCCGCACCCGGCGCUCCCGGUCUAACCGGCAGGAGCCAGCGAGGACGAGGGCCUCUCGUCAAGAAGAGGAAGCAGAGAGCCAGCCCAGGUUACCGGUGGCGAACUGGUUGACCAUCCCGAGUGACCGCGUCCAGCAGAUGGAGGCAAAAUUGGAAAGGCUGGAGAAGAAGGCCAAGUUCCAGGAAAAUUGUACUAAGAGGAAGAAAUUCACCUAUCUCAGUACAUCCGGGCAGAGGGAGUCUGAGAACCUUACUCAGUUCCUUACCCGGUGGAAGGAAGAGGUAGACAAGGUGGAAGAGAUGGAUGACAAGACCGUCUUAUCCCUCCUCUUGAAUGGCUUGCGUGCUGGGGAACUAUACAAGGAGUUCUGCCGGAAACCCCCAGCCACGUAUCAAGAGGCCUACCACACCGCAUGGGAGUUUGCUGAAGCUGAAACCCAGCUCCGGGCAAAGAGAGAAGCUGAGCAUGGUCACAAGCCCAAGCAGGGGGUCAUCCGGCAGAUGAUCGACAGUGGAGAGCUGGGCAAAGAUUACUUGCAGAAUGCCCAGGUGAAGAGUCAUCAAUGGGUUAGGCCAACUGCCCCAGGGGAUGACCGAGACAACGACCAGCGGAGGAAUAACCGGCCAAGGGAGCGGCAACCUGCUCCCGAAAAAGAGCACAUCGGCAUGAUCUUCGGCGGACCCGAGGGUGGAGAUUCAGCCGCGCAGCGGAAGAACUAGGUCCGAAGCAUUUACGUUGGAGAGGUAAUUGCUGAACCGCCCAGGCGUAAACAUACUAGGAGGGAGCCUAUCGUCUUUACUGACCGGG